UGGUGGAUUCUCAUUCUCUGCUACCUUUAUUCUCACUAUAUAUAAAAUAAUAUUGUGAAAUUCUUGUAACACUUUAUUUGGAUUAUUGUUCAAAAUAGUUUUUCCCAUCUUCUCCUGAAUGAGCAUUUGCAAAUUGCGACAAAUCAAAUAAAUAAAUUCAUUGUUGUUAUUGAGGCAUGGCUUGCAACCGUAGAAGCAGUAGCAGGGUUUACAAAGGAUUCUUCCAAACACUGUUCAACGUUGGAAAUUCAAGCACACGAUUCGUGCAUUCGUGUCCAGCCUCGUUGAUCCAGAACAUUCUCAAGUUCCGAAGAGACAAGCCCACGGACCAAUUGCAUCGAGCCCUUGACCACUGCGGCGUCGACCUCAACCACCACCUCGUUCUCGACGUUCUGCGACGCCACCGCUCCGAUUGGCGACCCGCCCACGUCUUCUUCAACUGGUCAAAAACCGCCGGCUAUGAACCCAGUUCCGAUGUCUGCAACGAGAUGCUCGACAUUCUCGGCAAAAUGCAACGCUUUCAGGAGUUGCACCAGGUGCUCGAUGAAAUGUCAAACAGAGAGGGGCUUGUCGAUGAAAAGAUGUUUGCCACACUGCUUCGUAGGUUCGUGGGUGCUCAUAAAGUGGACGAUGCAAUUCAGUUAUUCCGCCGGAGGAAGGAGUUCGGGUUGGAGUUUGGUUCCGAGGCUUUUCGUACCCUCUUGAUGUGGUUGUGCAGGUUCAAGCACGUCGAAGAGGCCGAAACGUUGUUCCAUAAUGUGAUGAAGAAGGGUUUCAGUGCGGAUAUAAAGACCUGGAACGUGAUCCUGAAUGGUUGGUGUGUUUUGGGAAACGUUCAUGAGGCAAAGAGGGUGUGGAAGGACAUAGUGGCUUCUCCUUGUAAGCCUGAUGUAUUCACUUACGCCACCUUUAUCAAGGCGUUGACCAAGAAAGGAAAACUUGGGAUGGCACUGAGGUUGUUCCGUGGCAUGUUGGACAAGGGUUGUAAGCCAGAUGUUGUGAUAUGCAACUGCAUCAUUGAUGCUCUUUGUUUCAAGAAGAGGAUUCCUGAGGCCUUGGAGAUUUUUCGUGACAUGAGUGAGCGAGGUUGCGAACCUAGUGUUUCUACUUACAAUUCUCUUAUUAAGUACAUGUGCAAGAUACGACGAAUGGAGAAAGUGUAUGAACUGGUGGAUGAGAUGGAGAGGAGGAACGGGAGUUGCUUGCCUAAUGUUGUUACUUAUUGUUGCUUGCUCAAGAGCUUGAAGGAGCCGGGGGAAGUUCACGAGGUUUUGGGGAGGAUGAAGAGGAAAGGGUGCAGCAUGAAUGAUGAUGUUUAUAACUUGGUACUGAGAUUGUACAUGAAAUGGGGUGAUGAGGAUGGAGUUAGAAAAACAUGGGAAGAAAUGGAGAGGAAUGGAUGGGGGCCAGAUAGGAGAUCAUAUACCAUCAUGAUUCAUGAGCACUUUGGAAAAGGGAGGGUGAAGGAUGUUGUGCGUUAUUUUGAGGAGAUGGUAGCAAAAGGAAUGGUGCCAGAGCCAAGGACAGAGAAGUUAGUAAGUUCUUUAAACAUUCGGAUGAAGGGGAGGACUGAAAAACAGGAAGAUGUGGAAGAGCAGAGAACUGGGCUUUGAGGUCUUGGAAUUUGGUCCUAUUGGAAUUGGAUAUUCACUCUACAAUCUCUCUCCUGUAUUUUUAUGAACCUUCAUGUGUCUCAUCAUGUCAUGGUUGCGAGUAAAAUGGGGGUGGUUUUCAUUGCCAAUUCCUCAACCCUCGACAACUUAAUUUGCCAUGUUUGUACAUGGAAAUUGAAGUGUCUCAACCCAAUGGCACCACCGACAAGGUACUGCAACUGCCAGAGAUUUUGCAAAAUGAACGAGGAUUUCCGCCGUUGUUGUCCAAGACUUCUGGCCUUGUGGAUGACCCAUUUUUGCCUCACUGUCUGUUUGCAGAGGAAUUGAUCUACACAAGCAUUCCCAAUGGGAUCCAAUUCUGGAAUGGGAGAAACAUGACAUUUAUUCAGAGACAGUCUGAGGCUACAUGUUUGUUUGCAUCUUCCUCUUUAUGUACCUUUGCUGAUAUAUGUUUGCAAUGAUAUGGAGUUCUUGCUGUUAUUCUCCUAAUCACUAUUCCUAUAAUCUCCAAAUUGUAAGUGUUCUUUAUUCCAUAACUUGCAACUGAAAGUUUCAUAAUAUUGGAUAGCAGGGCAAUUUCUUCUAAGUUGUGUUAGAGUUUGCAGCUGAGAACAAGGGGAAACAUGCUUUUUUAAGCAUUGUGUUAAUUACUUAUUACUCUUGAUUGUGUCGCAUCUCACUUGAAGGUGCUUAAAAACACUCAAGAAGAUUGUCAAUGGCAGUUAGUAGUUAAGGGAUUAGUGAAACUCAAACAUAGUUGGUAGUAACAUUACUGGUACGUAUAUGUAUUUAUAGUCCAAGUAAUUUUUAAUUUUCAAUUCAGUUGUAAUUGUUUUAUUGCCUAUCUGUCACAUGUGAAUCCUUAGAAGGACUAUGUGAACAAGCUCUUUAUCAUAAAUAAAA